UAUACAGUACCGACAGGACCACGAUCUCUGAUGCUAGGGCGUCUCUAGAAGCCAUGAAAUCCUCCGUCAGGACUCUUCUGGCCACUGCGUCGAGCUCGCCCUGCUCCACCGCCGCACAGACAUUCAUGGCGCUGGUCCCGGAAAUGGCACGUUUUCAGAUCUCACUUGAUGUCCUGCUCCCCGCUCUAAGUGACCGGUCAAAGACGGCCGAGGAACGCGUCUUGGUCGCAUACGUGCUUUACGCGCUCUACGCGGCGUACCCGCUCGAACUCAACCCGUUCAAGAGCACGCUGGAGGAGACCCUCGAGAAGGAGCGUAAUUCGGUUAACGAGGAUGUGAACGAGCGGGUCAUCUGGGUUCUCUCAAAGGUCUUGCAAGGGGAAGGAAACUAUCUUGGUUCAUAUUCCCCGAGAAUGCUGGCUCAUCACGGCGUUGCCGAGGAACUACGAGAAGGUCAUCCUACUUUGCCUAAUAUCGGGCAAUCGGGAGCGUCUCGAUUACACCAAGAAAAUCAAGCCAGUCCAGGUUUGGGUAUGGAUGCCGUUCGCGCCCUGAGCUUGCUCCAGUCCGGUGCUACUCGAGUGCUGACCCUCUCCGAGCAAAGGCUCGUUCUCCCUCUCAUCCCAAGCUUGCCACUGUCAGCAGCGCUGAUCGACAUACCCUCAUUUGUCUCUCACAACGCUGCGCUUGCUCACCCUCUCUUCGUCGCUCUCUUGACUUCCUCGUCCGAUCCGGCGCCCUACCUCGCCACGCUCUCCUUGCUACCCCCUUCGCUCCCCACCUACGACCUUCUCGGGCGGUUACUCCAGGACACCUCCCCCAUCUCAGUUCAGACCGGCUCUGGGACAAGCGGCGCAAAGACCACGGUUGCGGACCUCAUCCGCGCCGAAGUGCUGGGCCAGUUCAUCCACGAAGCGAUCGAAUGGCUCGAGCGCGCUCAGAGGGAAGAGCAGGAGGGUAUGAUUAGCGACGACCGCUUCGCUGUAGGCGUCAGAAACCUGUGCAGGUUCUACCAUUCGCUGAUCAAACUUGGGAUCGUCGACCCCACAUCGGAUAUCGAGACAGCCGAGAUGGCGCAUUUCGCGCUCAGCAACUCACGGUUUGAGGAGGCGAACUCGCUAUAUCGAAUCUUUGCCAACGCUGCGGCUGGAUUCGGAUACUGA